AUGUUUGAAGAAUUCACCAACACAAAAUUAUUGGGUACUCAAAUUUUAGAUCCAAAAGGAAAUGUUUUUGUCAUGAGAAAGAAUGUAUCAGCUCCGUAUCCAGAAUUGAGCGUCUCUUUAUUGAAAUUGAGUCCAACUUCUGAGAUGGCCCCAAAAUCUCCCUUCACUUUGCAACAAUAUUCGAUGGGAAAAACUUUUUCAAGUUAUGGAGGAAUGGUCUACUCUCGGAAUUACAAUUAUUUACUCUAUCACACCGAAGAUCGGUUAAUUGCAUUGGAUGCUUCUUAUUUAUAUAACAAAUGGGCGAUUGGUUUUUCAGUGAAUCAAUUUGGAUACAGUAUUGAAUCGAUUUCUUAUUUAGUAAUUCCAAAUUGUGUGCUAUUUGUCUUUGAAUCGAGUACUACUGUACCCUAUGAUUUGAAACUUCGAAAACGGUUAGAAACUCCAGCCAAUAUUCCCUACGACUAUGUUGGAGCAAUUUCCAAGACUCUUGAUUUAAUUGCCAUCAUGCAAGGUGGAAAUUAUUUAGUUUUGGAUUGGAUCAAUGGAAAGGCUGUGAACAAAGUUCCAACUCGAAUGUUGAAUACCAACAGUGCAUGCAAUAGAUUUCCAUUUAUUCGUGUUGUUUUAAUGGACAGCCAUGGAAAUUGUCGUGUGAAGCCGUGCAAGUGA